UAUUUUUUUUUUUUCCUGGUGUUUUGGCAUAAUUUACUUUUUAAAUGCAUUUGUAUGAAAAAAGAACAUGGAAGACGCUCCUCUGCCUCUGUUGACCAUGCCAACAGCUCCUUACAACGAUCAGAAGCCAGGAACCAGUGGAUUACGGAAGAAGACCUUUUAUUUUGAAUCCAAGAUGAACUAUUUGCAGAAUUUUAUCCAGAGUAUAUUUUAUUCCAUAGACCUAAGAGAUCGACAAGGAUCUUCGAUGGUGGUUGGAGGUGAUGGGAGAUACCUUAACAAGUCUGCAGUGGAACUGAUAGUGCAAAUGGCUGCUGCCAAUGGGAUCGGCCGCUUGGUCAUCGGGCAGAACGGCAUUCUCUCCACCCCAGCCGUGUCCUGCAUCAUCAGGAAAAUCAAAGCCAUUGGUGGCAUCAUUCUGACAGCCAGCCACAACCCUGGCGGGCCCAACGGAGAUUUUGGCAUUAAAUUCAAUAUUGCCAAUGGAGGUCCUGCUCCUGAAGGUAUCACGGAUAAAAUUUUCCAAAUCAGCAAGAAAAUUGAAGAGUAUGCAAUCUGCCCAGAUCUCCAGGUGGACCUGGGCACCAUUGGGAAACAGCAGUUUGACUUGGAGAACAAAUUUAAACCAUUUACAGUGGAAAUUGUGGACUCGGUAGAAGCUUACGCGAAUAUGCUGAGGAACAUCUUUGACUUCAGUGCAUUAAAGGAACUGCUUUCGGGGAAAAACCACCUCAAGAUUCGCAUAGAUGCUAUGCACGGAGUUGUGGGCCCUUACGUAAAAAAGAUCCUGUGUGAGGAGCUCGGAGCCCCAGCGAAUUCAGCCGUGAACUGCACCCCACUGGAGGACUUCGGUGGCCACCAUCCCGACCCCAACCUAACCUACGCUGCCGACCUGGUCCAGACCAUGAAGACGGGAGAGUACGACUUUGGAGCUGCCUUUGAUGGAGACGGGCCCAAACAACUGAUCCUCACCACCUUUUUUUUUUUUUUAAGUGCUUGGCAGCAGCUGAAGCUCCUGCCGCCGUAUUUCACCGGGGAGCGCGCAGAGCCCAGCUGUGGUGUGACAUAGCCAUCUUGCCUUUGAAGGGUGGCCCACGCUACAAAGAUUGCUUUGUAUGAAACUCCAACUGGCUGGAAGUUCUUUGGAAACUUGAUGGAUGCAAACAAGCUGUCUCUGUGUGGAGAGGAAAGUUUUGGUACGGGCUCCGACCACAUCCGUGAGAAGGACGGGCUGUGGGCUGUCCUGGCGUGGCUCUCCAUACUGGCCGCCCGCAAGCAGAGCGUGGAGGACAUCAUGAAGGAUCACUGGCAGAAAUACGGCAGGAACUUCUUCACCAGAUACGACUACGAAGAGGUGGAUGCAGAUGCAGCUAACAAAAUGAUGAAGGAUUUGGAGACAGUGAUGUUUGACCGCUCCUUUGCGGGGAAGCAGUUAUCAGCUGGUGACAAAGUCUACACGGUUGAGAAAGCUGAUAAUUUUGAGUACAACGAUCCCGUGGAUGGAAGUGUCUCCAAAAACCAGGGCUUGCGGCUCAUCUUCUCUGACGGCUCCCGCAUUAUCUUCCGGCUAAGCGGUACCGGCAGCGCUGGAGCAACGGUGCGGCUGUACAUCGACAGCUACGAGAAGGAUGCUCAGAAGAUACACCAAGACCCACAGGUCAUGUUGGCACCUCUCAUUUCUAUUGCACUGAAACUUUCACAGCUUCAUGAAAGAACCGGCCGCACCGGUCCGACCGUCAUAACUUAAAGGCUUGGUCAGACACCGUGCUGGAGUGCACACCGAGUGAGGGACAUCAGCCUGUCUCCCCUUUUCAUUGUCCAAUCUGUCACUAAAAGAGGAAUAUUAAUUUUAUCUCUGUAUUUAAGAACACUAUUGAACGGCUAAGGAUAGACAAUAAAACCCAGCCCCUGUCGGCACUUUGUGUGCACAUUGCUGCGCUGCUUUUCUGCGUCACACAGCACUGCUGGCGAUUUGUGUAUGGUGCUCAUUAGCACAGCCUUUUGGUUUAGCAUAUGUACUUUUAUUUUUGCUUAAAGAAAAGGCUCCAGAAAUAACAGAGA